UAUUCUCGGAGUAUACCAAUCUUUCUCCAUAUGACAACGUUCAGAGCGCAAAACUCAAAGUUCCCUGAACUAAACUUCAGAGCAUUUUGUUACCAUGGGGAUGAAGUCCACACCAGUCUCCUGCACGUAAUACAGAGGGAUUACCCAAAGGUACUGAAUCAGUCUACUAAAACACUGUAGCUAUGUCCAAGGACACUUAUCCUUCAGGGCUCCAAGAAGCUCCACCUAAGGACAGAAGGAAAAUGAGAAGGAUCAUUGCUGAAGAUCCUGACUGGUUCCUGAACAUAGUGCCUAAUUUAUCAGACCUCUGCCUGGAAAGCAUAAUGAAAAACCUUGAGGAAAAGCCCAUAUUUGAAGAACUUACACCCAUCCAGAAAGACUUAAUUCAUAAGAGGCUGUCUCCUUCCCUGCCUCUGCAUGUGACAGCCAACCUGAUUAGCGAUGGUGUCUACUGGAAGAGGAGCUGCAAACAGCGGUGGGACCUUUGUGAUGUCUCACAUUAUGGGCACAGCUGGAAACGAAUGUUCUUUGAGAGGCACAUGGAGAACAUUAUUGAGCUUUUUAUUCCAAAUGUGACAGAGCCCAAAACAGUUCUAGAGAUGGUCCCGUAUUGUAAAGACUAUGUCAAGAGGCUGGACAUCUCCCAGCUGCUGCUGCCUAUCAAGGAGCCCCAGAAGGUGGAAGAGGAUAAUGACUCAGAGUCAGCAAGUGAUAAUGAGCCUGAUACACCUUCUAUGGACCACUUUGAUUUUGGCAUCCUGCUUGACAAGUUGACGAGCCUGGAAGAACUUCAUUUGGUAUACAGGGUCAAACAAUGUGGUAUGAACUUUGAAUGGAAGAUGUUUGAGAUGACUGACAGAGACUGUGAGGCCCUCGCCAAUGCACUUAAAUCCUGUAAGACACUGAAGCUCUUUAGGCUUCAUCAAAGCCACAUUGAGGAUAAAAAGUGCCGGUUGCUGGUGAAAUACCUUCUGGACCAUCCGUCCCUGAGGGAGCUCGACUUUUCUUACAACCUGAUCGGAGACAGUGGAGCCAGAGCCAUCGGCAAACUGCUCACCAGGAGUAAACUACAGAUCCUAAACAUGUGUGACAAUGACAUCAGAGAUACAGGGGCCAAAGCUAUAGCUCACGCCUUGUCCAAAAAUGUCACUCUUUUGUCCCUCAACCUGUGUCGCAACCGUGUGAGAGAUGAGGGAGGUCAGGCCAUAGGUAAGGCCUUGUUGAACAACAACACCCUACGCCACCUGCACCUGGGAAGCAAUGUAGUGACUGGGCUUACAGCUAUCGCUCUGUCUGAAGUGCUAGCUCGGAAUGACACCCUGAAGAGCAUCAAUCUCUCCUGCAACAACCUGGGUGAGAUGGGAGGUAAAGCUCUGGAGGAGGCAAUGUGUCACAACACCAGCAUAACAGCGUGUGACAUCCGCCUAACAGAGGUUGAUGAUCAGAUUGUUUCCUCCAUUAACCAGGUGAUUUGGACCAACAAGAGUUUAGAAGAAGAAAAACAAUCCAAAGAGAAGAAAACUAAUUAGACAUCAACAAUACAAACCCAUGUUUAUCAGUUGUCCCUGCUCCAUGUAAUCAUUCACAACCACUUGCAUGUCGACUCGUGUCAUACUCAGGCAUCAACCAUCAUAAAGUAAAUUUUGACACAUAUUUAAGUUUAUUGAGGAGCUUUUUUUCCAUGAUGAUACACAGAUUUGGUUUCAGUCCUUACUGUAUGUAACAUCAAGGCAACGUUGUGGUGGUGUUGAAAUACAUACAAACUUGUUUUAUUUUUUACCUAUAACUACGGGUUAAUAGUGUAACACCUUUGCUACGCAGCAACAAAAUCAAGUGUACUUGAUAUCAUAUUUCCCCCGUUUUUGCAAAACUCACUAGAUGCUUUGUAGAAUCAUAAGGAGGGGAGACAAAGCUAUUCUAUUGGUUCAUGGUGGAUUAAUUCAGUAAGAAAUACAUAACAUUGAUGUACUAUUGCUGGUGUUCUUUAGAUCAAAAAUCACUAUGAACAAUCACUCAGCCUUCCUAUGAAAAAAUGUGUAUCGUGUGUGUUUAUGUGUAUGUGUACACCCCAUCCUGAAUAAGUCAAAUCAUUCUAACAGUGUUUUUUUGUAAAUAAAGGAGCAUCAGAUAUGAAGGAAAACAAAAAUCAUCCAAACACUAAAUUUGAAGCAUUUGAAAAUGCUGCUGGCUGCGUUGCCUCUAGCGUUUUACAUCUAAAUGUGUGACACAUUCACUAAGUAAAAGACCCACAAUGGCAUCAUUCUAACCUCCCUAUUUGAUUUACAGUACAAAUCCUCUCAGCCCUACAGUCUUGAAAAGCAACAGAAUUUCUUAAAUAGAUAAAGAUCCCCAGAGUGAAAGAGUACAUAUAACAACCACAUCUUCUUAAUAGACAUGAUAAAGGGUUCAGUGCUUUGCAUGACAAAAGUGUUGAUGCUAACAGUCAUCUACAGAGGAAAGUGUCUAGCUAUGAACAAUCCAGUCAGAUUUAUAACCAUUUUCAUAACCCCAAAUAGUCACUGUUGUUACGUAAACAUUUCACUGGUAAACUGUUUCUUUUUCCUAUACUUACACAUAGCUGUGUAUGAUUAUCACAGUGAAGCCAUCCGUGAGGUUUGUUGUCUAAUCGUGACUGAGAGAAUAGGAUGAUUUCAGUAUGAAACAGCGACUACGAUGCAACAUUUGAUCAUCCAGUAACUCCACCUGCUACAAGCUGGGCAGUAAAUAGACAUGUCAGUGCAUUUUAAUGCCUUGUACAUUUUGCAUGCUCUUGUUUGGGUUGUCCUCUGGGGUGUACAGGACAUGCAAGUGCCUUCAGUACAAGAUGGGAUUAUGAUCCAGCCUCCCAUGACUCAGAAUAAGAAACAUCUGGCUGAAGAAACAAAAUCAAGUAAUGAAUGAAUUUUAAUCCCUGCAUUUCAUUUGGUUUCCUGCUAGUUUAAAAAAAAAAAGUUCCUCAUGUCACUCAAAAAGGUUGCUUUGUGUACCAUCCACAAACCAUGAAAGGAAUAGUUCAAAGAUUUGGGGAGAGGGGGGUGCAUAUUUGCUUAAUUGCCAAGACAUACUUGAUACCAUUCUCAGGUCUGACCAUUAAAUAUGAAGCUAGAGCCAGCAGUCGGUUAGCUUCACUUAGCUUACCAUAAAGACUGGAAAUGGUGAAACAACAAGGCGUAUCAUGUGCGUAGCUACAGUAUAAGGUAAGAGAUGUUGCUGCAUGGAUUUGGUUACCUUCAGACGGAGCCAGGUUAGUGGUUUCCUCCAUCUCUGGUCUUUAUAAAUUAACCAGCUGCUGGCAGUAGCUCGUUUACCAUACAGAUCUUCUCAUCAUGUAGCCCUCUGCAAGAACGUGGUUGAGGAUUGUUUCCAAACAAUUAUUUAACAUUUUAAAAGCGAUCUCAAUAUGUACAAACAGUUAAUGUCAUGAACAUCAGGACCUGGAUCAGGUUGUACCAGCUGAUCACAACUUCAAACUUUGACUGUGUUAUUAUGCCAGUGUUUACAAAGUGGAACUGAAAAUGAUAUUUUCGUGUCCCCCUGCAGUACGUGAAUACUACUAAACUUGAAAUGUAUACUGUACACUCAUAUAUGAAAAUAUAAAUCUAAACAAAAUGUACAAAGGACUUUCCAUUAGGUUGAAUGUGUAAAUUUGGCCGCUAAACAGUUAUUUUACAGCUCAUGAUGCUUCAGUCGACGUCGUGUUCUUGUUGCUUGAAACCAAUUUCCACAUUUAUGUUUUAAUAAUACAAUACGACUGAGUAAAUCACAGGUUUGCAACUAGCUCAUACUUGCUAAGAACACACAAACUUAAAUCAGAGAUGAAUUUGUGAAUGGCUGGUGCAACCAAAAGCCUGGAAAGGAACUGACAUCUAACAUACUGUCAGUCUAUCUGGAAUGGGAACAUCAGACCCAUUUGCUAUGCAGCACAUCCUCUUUAAAAAGCUAAAUGAAAUGUCUGUGUAACUGCAUGAACUUAAACUAGAUAAAGGACUAAUGACCAGGUUUUGGAAUGUUGUUGCAAGCACAAUAAUUAUC